AAAAAAACCGAAAUUUGGUGGUUAAAACUUAAACUGCUGUUUGGCGUUUUGGUCUGCAAACAGCAUAGUCAAAUAAAGCCAGGGGCCCUGGUUCACUGAUUGUUCAUCCAUGGCUUCUCUUCUCAGUUCAACUAUCGCGGUCCCUCUGCAACACAAGGUAACCUAUUCAAGUUUCUACACCAAGCCUACAUUGGGAAUUAACCAGACAAUUGCGAGAAAUGGUAGAUGUCAUGGGCUUUGGCUCAAGACAAAAGCAAAGAUGUCAGUUGAAGGAAAUGUGACUGAGAAAGAAUCAGCUAGUGUCAAUGAAAAAAUAGACUAUGGUCUAGUCAGCAUUCACCAUGUCGGGAUCCUGUGUGAAAACCUUGAAAGGUCCCUUGAUUUUUAUCAGAAUAUCUUAGGUCUUGAAAUAAAUGAGGCAAGGCCACAUGAUAAGCUCCCAUACAGAGGUGCUUGGUUGUGGAUCGGUUCUGAAAUGAUUCAUUUGAUGGAACUUCCGAAUCCUGACCCCUUAACUGGACGGCCUGAGCAUGGUGGCCGAGAUCGACACACUUGUAUUGCAAUUCGAGAUGUGUCCAAGCUCAAAGCAAUCCUUGAUAGUGCUGGUAUCCCCUACACAUUGAGCCGGUCUGGGAGGCCAGCAAUCUUCACACGAGAUCCUGAUGAAAAUGCUUUAGAAUUUACACAGAUAGAUGCAUGAAAUAUCCAAUUUAGAUAAUUUGAUCUCGUGUAUCAAUGCCUUUGGACUUUGGAUUUCCAUUUGUGCUGCAGGUCUCAAAUCAAUGUAAUACAGUUUGCAAAUAUUAGAAGUGCAGGAUUGUGCUAUUUGUAUAGUGACCUAAAAUACAAGAAAAGCCAAUGCAAUGUACAUGUACCAAAUCAGGUCGUUCGACUUUUUGUCCU